CUGGCAGAAGUAAUGGAAGAGCAGACGGGCUCUCCUGCAGCUAACGCUGACAGCAACAGCCAGAGGAAUGGAGAUGAGAAGCCCCGGCGGGGCAGCUGGACCAAAGGGAGGAAGAGAAAGAAGCCAAUGAAGGACAGCAACGCACCUAAGGCGCCCUUAACGGGCUACGUCCGCUUCAUGAACGACAGGCGGGAGCAGCUACGAGCAGAGCGCCCAGACGUGCCCUUUCCAGAGAUCACCAGGAUGCUGGGCAACGAGUGGAGCAAGCUGCCCCCUGAGGAGAAGCAGAGAUACUUGGACGAGGCGGAGCGAGAUAAGGAGCGCUACAUGCGGGAGCUGGAGAAGUACCAAAAAACAGAGGCCUACAAACAUUUCACCCGAAAGGUUCAGGAGAAGCAAAAGGGCAAGAGGCACAGGGGAGAUGUUGGGCACCAGGUUGCCAGCGAAGCACUCCAUGAGAAAGACGCAGAGGGGAAGGACAGAACUGUGUUUGACAUACCAAUCUUCACAGAGGAGUUUCUUAACCACAGCAAAGCGCGAGAAGCUGAGAUGAGGCAGCUGCGCAAGACCAACAUGGAGUACGAGGAGCGCAACGCCGCCCUGCAGAAGCACGUGGAGAGCAUGCGCGGCGCGGUGGAGCGGCUGGAGGGCGACGUCAUGCAGGAGAGGGGCCGCAACGGGCUGCUGCGCCAGCACCUGGAGACCCUGCGCCAGGCGCUGGCCUCCAGUUUCUGCUCCGUGCCUCUGCCAGGCAGCGGAGAGACGCCCACCCUGGACACCAUCGACGCUUACAUGAAGAAGCUCCACAGCAUUAUCGUCACCAACCCUCAGGAGCACGAGCAUCUCAUCAGCACAGUGAGAGACGUGGUGAACCGUCUGGACAGAUAAUUGGACCAUGUCGAGCGGAUCUGACAGACCGGGGGCUCGUUAAUGCCGAGUCGUCUCGUCGACAUACCAGUUUGAGGUCAAGAGUUUGUUUCUUACUCCUCUGUGAUCAUAUAGGUGAACGUGGUGUCGUGACUCAUUUAUUUAUUUAUUUUUUACAGAUUUUUUUAACAGAAGUUGAAAAUAAAAACGAAACAUUUCUGUUCAAACUCAAUUAAUAAAGCUUGUAUGGAUCAGACCACACCUCUCCUGUAACACCACUAUCAAGCAUGUUUUCUGCGUAUUUGUAUUUACCGAAUCCAAGAAAUGUUGCUGACACGUCCAUCAUUUAUGAACAUUUCCAGAAAAAAUGUGCCAUUAUAUGUUUUAUCCAGUGUGAAAGGUGUUUGUAUUUUCAAUAAAUGUUUUUUUGUCAUCGGAA